AUGGCAGACGAAGUCACAUUCUGUCGAGCGUUCCUCAGCGCACUCGACUCUCGACCCGCAAAGCUGUCCGGCGACCACAUCGCCGACGCGCGCAACUAUCCCGCACAAUCAGCCUUCGUUCUCCCCAAGCUCCCCCACCCACCGCACCCAGCUCGCCCCAACGCAAAGACCGCCGCCAACCCCAGCGAUGCAGAAGGCACAUCCUCGUCAGCCUCCGCAGGCACAAUAGAUGUGUCCCUCAAGCCCAUGAAAUCGACCUUCCCGUCCGUCUCUCUCCCUGCGGUCACCCCCUCGCAGACCUCCAUAUUCGACCUAAAGAGCGCAUACGCAACGCAGACGUCGAUCCCCGUCGCCAAGAUAAAGAUCCUGUACAAGAAGAAGCCGGCUACGGACUCGAAGACGGUGGCGGAGGUCGUGGGUCAGGAUGUCGGCGGCGAGGUCGAGUUUAGCGUUAUGCUGAUGGGUGGUGCGGUCCCGACGACGCCUGUGCAGAGUCCGCGGGCUGUUGCGCCGCCUACGGAGGGGGAGAAGGGUCUUUCGGCGGAGGUAGAUGCUGCGGGUGCGGGAGGCCCGGCGGCUCAGGGGCCCAGUGGGAAGGAGGUUGUUGCUAGUGAGGAGUUCUGGGGAGACCUGCAAAGCUUUGUCGUGCAGAGGAUACGGGAUGAGGGUGAGGGACAGAGGCUGGUGGGUGUUUUCAAGGAAGCGUGGGAGAAGAGUCGGUAA